UUAUAUAGAAAACAAUUUAUACUAUUCUACCAAAUAUCCGUUUAAGUAGUAUUGUAUUUUCGAUUGUGUUUUUAGGAAAAAACAUUUAUACAAAAUAAAAUAAAAAUAAAAAGUUAUUAAAAGCAAAUAAGAAGAACUAUGAUAGCUCGUUCACUUUUCUAGACUAAUAAAUAUUUUGCAAGUAAAUUUUAACUUUUAACAUUCCGUGAUAAUAAGUAUGCGAUUCCUAGCCCUCCUUCUAGGCCUGCAUUUGCUUAAACUAUCUUUAAUCAACUUUUAAGAAACAAAGCAAAAGAAAUUGGUUAGAAAUAAGCAGAUAUUAAGAAGAAUGAACAAUUAUUUAAGUAAUUAACAGAAUAAGCGAAGGUUGAAAGAGAAAAUGCUUUAAAAAACUAUGAAACAAGUCUUAAAGAAUAUGAAGCUAAAUUCAGUAUACCUAAAAGGAUUAAACCCGCCUUUUUCUAUUACUAUUUAGAAAAAUACGAUAAGACUGAAAAGUUAACAGAAAGUGUGAAAAGGCUAAGUAAAGAAUUCAAAUAACUUUCUGAAUAAGAACAGAAGAUAUAUAAAGAAAAAGCCGCUGAAGAUAAAAAAAGAUAUUAAGAUGAAUGCGAAAAAUUUGUAAAGCAGCAUUAGGAUUUAAUAGUUCCAUCAUUGUAUCCUUUGUAACCAUUAUCUUUGUAUGUUUCUGAAUAAUUUUCAUAGAAUCCUCAAUCAACAUUGAAAAAAAUUGCAUCAUCUUGGAAAUAGCUAAGCGAGGAAUAAAAGAAAUAAUAUGAAGAAAAGGUAAUCAAAAUUAAUGAAGAGUAGAAGUAAAAACUUGCUGAAUUCUAAAAAAAGAAUAAUUUAUCAGAUGAAGAUAUUAAGAAUUUCAAGAAGAGAAAGCAAAGAUCUAAAUCUGUUGAAUAAAAAGAAAGUCAGAGCUAAUGA